UGGAACUGUGACAGUACAAAAGACAUCCAAUAACAAGCCAAGAGCACAAGAGAGAGUGAGAGACGAAGAGAAAGAGAGAAAAAGGGAAGCCCAAACCUCCUGUUGCAGUUUGCCAUCUGAAGAAGAACUGCUGUACUGUUUUUAUUAGUAGGGUCAUGUUGCCACAGGGUGAGAGAGCUUGGAGUAUAAGUGGGCUUCCAGAGGGUCCAUAUCGAGCCGUAGAAAGUGUGGAUGCUCUCGCCCAACAGGCCUUUGAAGAUGUGGACACGCUGGACAAACUUUUUUUGCAUGCUGUGAAGAGAUUCGGUCAGGCACCAUGUCUUGGCACCAGAGAGGUCCUUUGUGAAGAAGAAGAAAUGCAGCCUAAUGGGAAGAUCUUCAAGAAGUUGGUCCUGGGGGACUACAGCUGGAAGAGCUAUGAAGAGGUCAGCCAAACAGUGGAAUUAUUUGGCAGUGGUCUGGCAGCUUUGGGUCAACGGCCAUGUAAUACCAUCGCUAUAUUCUGUGAGACACGGGAAGAAUGGAUGAUCACUGCACAGGCCUGCUUCAGACGCAACUACCCAUUGGUAACGCUGUAUGCUACUCUGGGAGAGGAUGCUGUAGCUUAUGGACUUAAUCAGUGUGGAGCCAGUCAUCUGAUCACCAGCACAGAACUACUGCAGACCAAACUGAAGGGUGUUUUGAGUGCAGUGUCUGGGUUGCAGCAUGUUAUCUAUGCAGGCUGUGGAAGUGUAUGUCGGGCUGAUUACCCACAAUCUCUCACCAUCCACAGUGUGCAGGAAGUAAUGGAGCUGGGGGCAAAGCCAGAGAACUUAAAUGUAGAAUAUAAGAGGCCAGUUGCAUCUGAUCUUGCAGUGGUGAUGUACACCAGUGGAUCUACGGGGCGGCCCAAAGGAGUGAAGAUGCAACACAGUAAUCUGAUUGCAGGAAUGGCGGGUCAGUGCCAGAGGAUCCCAGGCCUUGGUUCACAGGACACAUUUAUAGCUUAUCUCCCAUUGGCUCAUGUGCUGGAACUGACUGCAGAAAUAUCCUGUGUGUCAUAUGGCUGCAGGGUUGGAUACUCCUCCCCACUCACACUCACGGACCAGUCCAAUAAAAUAAAGAGUGGUGGUAAGGGAGAUUGCUCUGUGCUUAAACCCACCCUCAUUGCUGCAGUCCCGGAGAUCAUGGACCGUAUCUGUAAGGAUGUUCAUGGGAAGUUAAGAGAGAUGUCAGUGGUGCAGAGGACUCUAUUUAAAAUGGGAUACAAUUAUAAACUGCAGCAGGUGUUACGAGGAGCUGAUUCUCCAGUGUGUAACAUGUUGUUGUUUAAGCAUGUGAGUGCGUUGCUGGGAGGGUGUGUGCGUCGGAUGUUAUGCGGAGGGGCUCCACUGUCCGCUUCCACACAGAGAUUUAUAAAUGUGUGUUUCUGCCCCGUGACCGUGGGAUAUGGCCUCACAGAAACAUGUGGAGCAGGAACUAUCUCAGACUCUUCAGACUACAGUACAGGACGAGUUGGAGCUCCUCUCAUUUGCUCCGAGAUAAAACUGCGAGACUGGCCUGAGGGUGGAUACACUAGUCAGGACAAGCCGCAUCCACGAGGGGAGAUUUUGAUUGGUGGGCCAAAUGUUGCAAUGGGAUACUACGGGAGUGAGGAGAAGGGAGAGAAUGAAAACUUCUGGGUGGACGAGGCUGGACAGCACUGGUUUUGUACUGGAGACGUUGGGGAAGUUCAUCCAGACGGUUGUCUGCAGAUUGUUGAUCGUAAGAAGGACCUAGUGAAGCUUCAGGCAGGUGAAUACGUAUCUCUGGGGAAGGUAGAAGCUGCCAUGAAAAACAGCCCCCUUAUUGAUAACAUCUGUGUCUAUGCCAGCAGAAGUCAAUUACACACAGAGUUACACAAGGCCGAACGUUUGAAAAACGGUAUGAAGUCUGAUCCACUUUGCAGCUUAUUCUUGCCAAGAACCACCCAUUUAAACAACAAGAGGUGACUGACCAACAUGCAGAAAAUCACUUUUAGGUAAUGUGACAUUUAGGGGCAGAUAAAUACCUGAAAUCAGAACUACACUCACGGAGCACUUUAUUAGGAACACUGAUAAUGUUUUUUUAAUCCCCUUUUUCCCCCCAAUUUGUGGUGGCACAGUUGCUCACCUCAAUCUGGGUGGUGGAGGACAAAUCUCAGUUGCUUCCACUUCUUAGACAAUCAGCCCUUUCAUCUUAGUACGUGGCAUGUUGGACGUGGCACCACGGAGACUCAGCAUGUGUGGAGGCUUACGCUAUUCCCCGCGAUCUCCGCUUACAACUUACCACACGCCCCAUCAAGAGUGAGAACCACUAUAUCACGACCACGAGGAAGGUAAUCCAUGUGACUACCCUCUAUAGCAACCGAGCCAGUUUGGUUGCUUAGGAGGCCUGACUGGAGUCACUCAGCACACCCUAGAUUCGAACUUGCAACUCCAGGGUUGGCAAUCAGCGUCAUUGCUCGUUGAGCUACCCAGGCCACUGGGUUCUAAUAAAGUUCCCGAUGUGGUCUUCUGCUGUUGUAGCCCAUCCGCCUCAUGGUUCGAUGUGUUGUGCAUUCUGACAUGCUAUUCUGCUCACUACAAAUGUACAGAGUGGUUAUCUGAGUUACCAUAGCCUUUAUGUCAGCUCGAACCAGUCUGGCCAUUCUCCGUUGACCUCUCUCAUCAACAAGGAGUUUCCGUCCGCAGAACUGUCACUCACUGGAUGUUUUUUGUUUUUGGCACCAUUCUGAGUAAACUUUAGAGACUGUUGUGCGUGAAAAUACCAGGAGAUCAACAGUUACAGAAAUAUUAUGUAAAAAAGUAAACAUUUGUGAAUAUGACAUUAUUACCGUUUCAUUUUACUUUCUAAAGACUACAAAUAAACUUCAAUUUAAUUAUUAUUUUUAUUUUUUUAUAUUUAAAUGUAACAUUGCUCUAAUAAAGUAAUGGCAGUUAAUAAAAAAGAAAAUAUUUUCCAGAAAAUAAUUGAAUAUCAAAAUAAGGGGGAAAAAUGUAUUUAAAAUUUUAUAAUAUUUGUUUUUUGCUGCUUUAGUGCAGACAAUAUAAAAAAAUUAUUAAAUAUUGCAAACAAAAUGUUGUCUUUAUCAAAUUGGUAACACUUUACAAUAAGGUUCCAUUUGUUAAAAAAGUUAAUGCAUUAAGUAUCAUGAACAAACAAUUAGCAAUAUAUUGUUUACAGCAUUUAUUAAUCUUUGUUAAUAAAAAUACAAUUGUUCAUUUUAGUUCAAAGUGUAUUAACUCAUGUUAACAAACAUACAUUUUCAACAUUUUAAAAAUGUAUACAUGUUGAAACUGACAUUAACUAAGAUUAAUAAAUGCUGUAAAAGUAUUUGUUCAUUGUUGGUUUAUGUUAACUAAUGUUGUUAACUAAUGGAAUAAAUGGAACCUUAUUGAAAAGUGUUACAAUAAAAUAAUACUAUUUUUCUUACAUUAAAAAUGUGUCUUUAUACAUGAAACUGUAUAUCUGCCUUUAUAUUUCAGAAGGGUGUCCUUUUGCAAAAGGACCAUUAUAUUUUGAGGUCCUUGGCAUCAAAAAUUUAGAAAACCAUUGUCCUUGUGGACUGAAAAACCUGUGCAACCUGACUCUGUGCCAUUUAAAUUGAAAGCUCUGCCAGCUCUUGCCAGUUUUGUGUGCAAUAUACUACAGGCGGUCAGUGAAUGGUCCAAGACUAAAAAACACACAACCCAACAUAUGUUUCUGACUCUGCCACUCACAACAUAACAUAAUUGCAUGCUAUUUAGCUAACAUUUUUCAUAUAAAGAGAUUCAUAGCGCUCUAACUUCAGGAUCUUCAAGUUCUGAUGUUUGCUCAGGGAGGUAAGCAUGCUUAAAGAGCGUGACUGUGUUUCUGUUAAACUGUUUAUGGCUCAACACCUAGAACUCCACCUGAACCUUUGUGUUACAAGUACAUAUCCCAAACUAUUAAAUUACAAAUAAAUGCCAUACAGUACAACCUAACAAGGUCAGGCAAAGAGAUCACACCCUCUGACUCUAGACAUGUUUUAGGUCAAUUCUAAUAUAGUAAUGUUUUAUAUCCAAUUAGUGAUCAGAACUACUUGAUCAGCUUUGUGGUGCCCAAUCAGAAGCAACUGACUGAACUGGCCAAAAAGAAUGGGAUAGAGGGAGAGUGGGAGGAGCUUUGUAACCAUGCCAUGAUGGAGGAAGAAGUACUAAAAGUCAUCAAAG